UCACAAAUGCCGUCUAUCGCCGCGGUCCGUCACCCAGCGAAUGCUGCCUUCUCCUUCAAUGGAUCUCCUGUUGCUCAAUGCUGCCUUUGUGGGCGGCCUAUAGCUACCUCCAGUGUCGGCCAGGCUUUGGCUCGCGCUAUUUCCCGUCCAGGAGGUCUUCUUUGGGCUCUGCCUAGGGGAGACAAAUUUCGCGCACUCGCAGACACUCGCUGGGUACCCUCAACGAAAUGCCAGCAUCGUUCUGUGUGGUUGGACUCGUCCGCAGCAGGAAUUGUCAAUACCUACCCGAAGCCCACCUCGAUGGCUGUCGGAAACCCCCACUCCUUCAUGGAGACCUACCUCUUCCCGAUGAAGCACGCAGAGAAGGCGACGUCCUCCACUGCGCGCGAUGGAAGUCCAUCCACGACCUCCUCAUUCUGCUGAGGAAAGCGCACGCUGCGGGAGAAGAGGCGAGGGUCAUCUUGAAGGUCGGUCUGGACGACCUCGGACUGAAGUUCAAGAAGAGGUAUAAUCCUCUGAAUGCCUCACGCGAGAUGAUCGAGGGCGUCCUUCGUCGCGGGUCCUCGCGGUACACUGGCUCAGAGCUUCGGGGAAAUGGAGCCACGAACGUCCUUCAUCUACGGUAUCUCGGCCUCGUGCGUACGUCGCUGAUGGGCACCAUCGGCAAGGCGCUGCUCUACCCUUUCUCUGUGACAUCCGAGGUCUGCGCGGAGCACAUGUUCUACGCCUUGCUGCAACUUGAAGCCCACCAGGAGCCUCACUGGCACGUAGGGACAACAAAGGCAACACACGGGGAAGAGAUACUUCGGCGCGGACGAGGCUAGGGAGCGACUAUGGAGGCUUACUCUUGAGGAGGGUGGACCGGGCGGUGAACCAUUGAAGACACUCUUUGAUACCUCACGAAGGUCCAGCUUCCAGCUUCUGUGAUCACUACGCUUGGGUGUUUGGGGUGGAGAUGCAUGGCUCCCUGUGCGUACUAAACGGAGAACUAUCUAGCGCUGUAAAUAUAUAUCUAUGUGCUUAUUACCAUCGGUCUACGCAAGCAAACGUGCUCAAUUGGAUCCUGG